UCUGGUCUGGUCAACAGAAAAAAAGAAAACCCUGAGAGCUUUCUUCUUCUUCAUCUCCCCUCCCACAUUUUCUCUCUGGAGCUGCAAGGAAACCAAUCUAUUUUAGAACUUGCUAGAUUUCCUUAUUUGCUUACUACUCUUCAAAUAUAAUUACACAGUUUUUCUUUUUUUUUUUUAAUUUUUUUUUUUGUUGUUCUAGGGUUUAUUAACAAUUUUCAAUCCCCAAUAAUCCCCAAUUCAAAGGAUUAAGGUGUCUAGUUGCCAAUCAAACAAUCAAUUUCUCCUCUAGAAAACCUAGAAAUCCUAAGCCCUAGAAGUCUCUAAUGGGGAAACAAAAAGGAGAUGGAGCCAGAAGCAAGAAUCGUCCAUCCAGCAGCAGUGUUGCUGCGUCGUUAUUACCAACUGGAGCAGCAACAGUUGGAUUUGGUGGAUUUGUUGGAAGUUCUCGUCUCGAAUCUACUACUCUAACUCCAGACUCUAAUCCUUUCUCGGAUGUGGAUAGUGAAGUCGCACAACAUUUAAAAAGACUCGGUAGAAAAGAUCCAACGACUAAGCUUAAAGCUUUGACAACGUUACAAGAGCUAUUCAAGCAAAAAUCUGGGGAGGAUAUUGUGCAGAUAAUUCCACAAUGGGCAUUUGAAUACAAGAGACUCUUGUUGGAGUAUAAUAGAGAGGUGCGAAGAGCAACUCACGAAACCAUGACUAGUCUUGUCACAGCUGUCGGGAGAGGCUUAGCUCCACAUUUAAAAUCCUUGAUGGGUCCGUGGUGGUUCUCUCAGUUUGAUCCAGUUUCUGAAAUUUCUCAAGCUGCAAGACGCUCAUUUCAGGAUGCUUUUGCAGCUCCAGAGAAGAGAUUAGAUGCCUUGAUUCUUUGUACAAGUGAGAUCUUUCUUUAUUUGGAAGAGAACCUAAAACUCACACCGCAGACUAUAUCUGAUAAAGCAACCCCCGUGGAUGAGUUGGAAGAGAUGCACCAACGUGUGAUAUCUUCUUCCUUGCUGGCAUUAGCCACACUUCUUGAUAUUUUGCUGGUCAAGCAGCAAUCCGGGUUGGAAAAUGUAAAGGCUGAACCAAAGAAUGCUUCUAAGGCAAGGGCGACGGCUGUUUCUUCUGCAGAGAAGAUAUUUUCUGCUCACAAGUACUUGACAGAAUUUCUGAAAUCUAAAAGUCCUGUUAUUCGGUCAGCUACAUAUUCAGCAUUAGGGAGUUUCAUUAAGCAUAUACCCGAAGUAAUAAAUGAAGGAAAUAUGAAAAUAAUAUCUGCUGCAAUACUGGGUUCAUUUCAGGAAAAGGAUCCCGCGUGUCACUCUUCAAUGUGGGAGACAGUAUUGUUAUUUUCUAAGAAAUAUCCAGAGAGUUGGGCCCCUGCAAAUAUUCAGAAGACUGUACUUAACCGGUUUUGGCAGUUCUUAAGGAAUGGGUGCUACGGAACACAGCAAAUUUCUUAUCCAAUGUUAGUUCCUUUCAUAAAUACCGUGCCUCCAAAAUCGUUAAAGGGUAAUGAGUUUUUCCUCGACUUCUUCCAGAAUCUUUGGGCAGGAAGAAACACAUCCUACUCCUCAUCUGCAGAUAGACUGGCCUUUUUCAAAGCAUUUAGAGAAUGUUUUAUUUGGGCAAUAGAGAAUGCGUCGAGGUAUUUCGAUGGUGAAGAUGCUGUUCAUCAGUUUAGAGUCGGCCUUGUUGUUAGCAUCCUUGUAAAUCUUCUGUGGCAAAGCUUCCUUCUGUUGGAUAGCUCUAAAAGUCAGGAUGUAGUUCUUCCUCAGAAAUCCUCCAGUGGCUCACCGGAAGAAAAUGUUCCAUCAUCUCAAGGACAGAAGUUGGAGAAGCAAAACAUCAAGUUUCCCUUGCUCUACAUGCAGAAUUUAGGAGAAUGCAUUAUUGAGAUCUUAUCAAUUAUUUCUGGGGAGGAACAUAGUUUGCUCAGCACCUUCUGCACAACAUUUCAGGAGAACACUCUAGAAUUUCUUCAUCAAACAGAGCAGUCAAGACCCUCUGAACAAAUCAGCCAGAUUGUCAGCUUUCUGUUGCUAUUAGAGAAGCACCCAGUAAAGAAAGGUGAAAUGUGGCCUUUGGUGUAUUUAACUGGUCCAAUGCUGACAAAGGCUUUCCCCGUGAUUAAAUCAUUGGAUUCGCCAGAUGCUGUUAGAAUUUUGUCUGUCUCCGUUUCUAUAUUUGGGCCUCGAAGUAUAGUUUCGCAGCUCCGUAGUAGUGAGGAAGUGUGUUCUGGUGCUCCUUCCAAGGAAGGUGACAAUGACUAUGAAACAAAGCAUUUUAUGCAAGUAUUCAAAGAAACUUUUGUUCCAUGGUGUUUGCAUGGAAGUAGUCUCUCUGUUGGUGCACGACUAGACCUUCUACUUGCUUUACUUGAUGAUCAGCAUUUUUCAGAACAGUGGAGUAGCAUAAUCACCUUUGCAAAUAGGUCACUAAGUAAUGGAUUAGAUUCUGACAGCAUUGACAUGUUGGCUGUGCUCAUUGAAAAGGUCAGAGGAGCAAUUGAUAAGAAUGAGGGAACGAAAUAUUUUCGACCGGGUUCCAACCUGGAAAAGUGGCACCACAAUUUGCUGGAUUCCAUUGCUGCGAAUGUUGCUUCCUGUUCUCCCCCCUUCUUGAAGUCGUAUUCUCGCUUCUUACGUGCUGUUCUUGGUGGCUCUAGUGAGGAAGACAAGAUUUAUUUUGUUUCCAAAGAUUCUAUGGCACUCAUAUUUGAGGAGCUCCUUAGAAAGUUAAUAUCGCCUCUUUGGGAUUCUUCUUUUUCUUGGGCAAAGGAUGCAUGCUCACUACUAUUAUGCACUGAAGAUAAACAUUCAAUUUCAAAAUCCUUGUUCCACAACAACAUGCUGGAGGCGGCGCAGUUUGCUUUUGAAGUUCUCCAAAGUAGUUUCUUUUGCUUAAUGAUGUUUGUAGGAGAAUAUGGUGUGGUUUCAUCUAUAUCAGCUGCCAUAUUUAUAUUGGAUUGGGAAAACAGGAUGUCUGCACAAGUAGAUAGCAAUUCAGUCACAGAUGAAAAUGACGAGGAUGAUGACUCACAAGCAAAUCUUGAUCCCAACUUUGGGUUUGGUGAAUCCUUCCAUUCUUUCCGUUUGGAAGUAAGUUCAGAUUUUUGGAAAAGCAUUAAUGUAGACAACCGAAAGAAGUUGGCGAAUAUCUUAGUUCAGACUAUCAGAUCUGCCAUAUUCGAGACGUAUACUGCCAAUACAUAUGAAGCUCCAACUUUGUGCUGUGAAUGGAUGCUGGAAGUUCUUGAAUACAUCUGCCCUAGCAGAUAUGAAGAACAAUCACUGUUGGACCAGCUGUUGGAUGAUGGAAAAACUUGGGCUUCGUGGGUUAUGUUAGCUCACAGUGAUGGAACAAUAGUAGCCAGCCUGAAAUUUGGAAAUCCACAACAUACACAUGAGUACCAGUUUGUGGAUUUCAUUGUCAAGCUUAUUUCCAAGCUUGGUUGCGGUCGGGUAAUCGCUGGUACUGCUCAAGAAACUUCUUCCUCUUCGUUGGAAGUGCAGGAAACACAUGCAUUUUCAAGAUCAUGGCUUGCUGCUGAAGUAUUAUGCACCUGGAAGUGGCCAGGGGGGAGUGCUGUAAGUUCUUUCUUACCUUCACUGUGUGACUUUGCGAAAGGUGGAAACUCACCUCAAGAGGACAACCUGUUAAAUUCGAUUGUCAAUACUUUACUUGAUGGUGCAUUGGUUAACGGGGACAAUGUAGAACCAAGCUUUUUGAACGUAUGGCCUGCUUCUGAUGAUGAAAUAGAGAGUAUUCAAGACCCAUUCUUGAGAGCUCUCGUAUCUCUGCUUUUAGCUCUGUUUAUCAAAGACAACGUAUGGACAAAUGACAAGGCUGCGGUAUUCCUUAAAUGUCUCAAUGAUAAGCUUUUCUUUGGAACAACAAUCAAUACUAGAUGUUUAAGGAUUCUCCCUUUUCUUACAAGUGUUAUUAUCCGAAGAUUGCGGAGAGGGCUCACUGAAUCUGAUGAAGAUGCCCCGCUAGAAUUUUCCCAGGAAAACCAAGUACAUAAUAUCAUACAGGGUUGGCUUCAAAGAACCCAAUCAUUGCCACCUUUAAAUUCUUCUCCUUUUGUUGCAGAUACAGAACAAUGGGUUCAAGUGGUCAUAUCUUGUUAUCCUUUAAGUUCCGUAGGAGGAGUAAGUGCGCUGAAGAUGGCCUCACAGAAAGAUGUUAAGCGUUUGGAGAAAACUCUACUAGUAGAUUUAUUCCGAAAACAUAGAAGUGGCGGUGAUGCAUUGACAUCUGCUACCCAGUCAUCAGCAGUACAGAUAACCUUGGAAAAACUGACAUCAGUUUGUGUUGGAUACUGCUGGAAGGAGCUUAAUGAUGACGAUUGGGAGUUUGUAUUGUCACAGUUGCGAAGACAGACCGACUCUGCUGUCCUGGCUUUGGAAGAAGUUGCAGAGUCUGUUAAUGAUGCUGUUGUUAACUAUUCUGCUACAGAAGAGGUUAUCAAAACAAAGCUGGAGGAAAUUGUUAGAUCGUUAGACCCAUCUCCUAUUAAUAUCGCCAGGAAUUCCCUUUUCACAUAUACGCUGUUUUACGGGCUUCUUGAACAGCAAGAAGAGGAUCCCAGUGCUUCUAGUUUAGUGAAAGCAGAUAAGUGGAGCGAUAUUAAAGAGAAGAUACUUGAAAGUGUGCUUCGCUUAUUCUUCGCCACAGGUGUAACUGAGGCCAUUGCAGGUUCCGAAGGCUGCUCCUCAAUUAUAGCCUCAUCCCGCCAUGCCUGCACUCACUUUUGGGAGUUAGUAUCGUUCAUCGUGAUCAACUCUCCUCAACAUGUUAAAGUUACAGCCAUACAGUCGAUGGAAAUGUGGGAGCUUAGCAAAGGAUAUGUCAGUUCUUUGUAUGCAAUCUUGUUUUCUGCCAAGCCUAUUCAUUCACUACAAGUUGCUGCUUAUAUAAUGCUAUCAACGGACCCAGUUUCACAUCUAGCUAUUACCGAAGAAGAUGCAUCUAGCCCUUCAGGGGAUGCCUCUACUAGUCAGGAGGAUGUCCAGUCUCCUAAUCUCAGUUUGUCCUCAGUUGAAAAUAUCCCCGUGAGAGAUGAAAUUUCUCGCAUGAUUGUAAAAUCCCCAUCUCCGCUUAUUGAAGGGGAUCUAAUCUCGCAUCAUCGGGUAAAUGUCUUUACUGCUUGGGCUCUGUUGCUUUCUCAUCUUCAAUCUUUGGCAUCACCAUCACCAGCUAAGCAGAAAUUGGUUCAGUGGGUACAAGACUUCGCAGAUACACAAAUUUUGGAUUGUCUACUCGAGCACAUUCCGUUACAGUCUGGUGCAAUGCGUAGCUCAAAGAAGAAAGAUGUUGAGCUUCCAGUCGGUGUAUCUGAGGCUGCUGCUGCAGCAAAACUUGCCAUCUCAACAGGUUCUUUACUGUUUGCUAUUGAAUCGCUUUGGCCUAUUGGAACAGAAGAAAUGUCAUCCCUUGCUGGGGCACUAUAUGGCUCGAUGCUUCACGUGCUUCCUGCUUAUGUACGAGAUUGGUACACCAGGUUGCGUGACCGGUCAACUUCAGCUGCAAUUGAGUUAUUCACAAAAACUUAUUGCAGUCCCCUUCUCCUUGCAGACGAACUGUCUCAGAUUAAAAAGGCUGCCCUUGUCGAUGAGAAUUUCUCAGUUAGUGUGAGUAAACCAGCAUACGAGGUUGUUGCUACGUAUAAAAAAGAAGAGACUGGAAUAGACCUGGUUAUCCGCCUUCCUGCAUCUUACCCAUUGCUGCCCGUGGAUGUUGAAUGCCCUAAAAGUCUUGGCAUCAGCGAAUUAAAACGAAGGAAAUGGUUGUUCUCUAUGGUUGCGUUUGUUCGUAGUCAGAAUGGUGCGUUGGCGGAAGCGAUACGGACAUGGAAGAACAACUUUGACAAGGAAUUUGAAGGCAUUGAAGAGUGUCCAAUCUGCUACAGCAUAAUCCAUACUGCAAACAACAGCAUCCCUAGACUGGCUUGCAAGACCUGCAAGCACAAAUUUCAUUCAGCAUGUCUUUACAAGUGGUUUUCUACAUCUCACAAAUCAACAUGUCCACUUUGCCAGUCCCCGUUCUGAUUCUUCCGCAUUUGAUGGCAGAAAUGAUAUUGUUGUUUUUCAUGCUGUGUAUGUAGGACUUAUACCAAACCAUAUUGUAAGAAGUGUGAAUAUAUAAUGGAUCCCGAGUAGUAGUGCAAUAGCGUAGGCAACUAACUAAUGCGGAAAGGUCUUGGGGAGUUUUGGAAAUGAAUGCCCAGAAGUUGUUCUCGUUGGAUUUCUUUUUGUUCCAAAAACAACAUUGUUGGUCAUGUCAUGUCUUGGUUUUUUGAAAACUGGAAUUUGAUAAAUCAUGGUUCCUUGGAUAGU